AUGGCAAAGAACGCAGGAUUGAUGAGGCUAACCAUGGAUUGCCAAAUUAUCCGCCGUGAGGAUCUGUCCUGCUUAGCUCUUGACAAGUGGCUGGGCCCCGAGCCCCUGGCCACCACCUUCCCAGCCCUCUACUCCCAUUGCCUCCGACCCCACUCCAGCAUUCACCACACCUUGUCCGAGGGCGUGGAAAUUCUCCUCCAUCCACGCCUCACCCAUCAGGCUCAGGACAAGCUUCUCCUACUGCGCCGCUUGCUCUCUUCGGUGCAGCUAACUGACUACCCGGACUGCAGGCUCCUUAACCUGCCCUCCUCCCCCCCCAUUCACCAGCUGCGGCACUUACGGGCCCUCCACUCCGAAGCCCCAGUCCUCCUUGGUCCCAAGCUAAUUUGGGAGUGCCGGCUCCCAGGCAAAGUGAAGUUUUUUGGCUGGCUGGUCCAUUUUGACAGGAUGAACUCCCGAGCCAACCUCUUCUGGAAGAACAUUAAACCCCUGGAGGAGUGUUUCUGCCCUGCGUGUGAUGGUGUCUUGGAAACAGGCGACCACAUCUUCACUGCCUGUCCUCGCGCAAGGAAGGUUUGGGACGCCCUUCAUUGCUGUGUUUCUGCAGGGCUCCAGAGACUCCCUUGGCUCAUCGGACAGGAGAUUGAUCUUCCCGCCACAGUUCGAAUGGACGUCACGCUCACCGUUCUCUGGCACAUCUGGAAAGCCAGAAACACGCUCAUCUUCAACAAAGAAAACAACACCGCGGCCUCCAUCAUCAGAGACGUUGCCAGGGACUUGGGAUCAUGGGCCUGCCGCUUCCGAAGGGCCAAGAGCCAUAUUGCUGCCUGGCAAACCUAUGUCCAGGAACGCCUCCCCCAUGCUGCUGCUGUCUAG